AUGUCGCUUAAGUUCCGAACCGACAAAACAUUGAAAAUAAUGCGAGACUACGGCGAGUCGAAGCGCCGGCAGAUAUUCGCCGACAAUUACCGCCGGAUUCGCGACCACAACAAAGAGGCCGAUAAAGGCGUUCACACGUAUCGGUUGGGCGUCAAUCAGUUCACAGACAUGACUCAACUAAUGGAUUCUGUGGAUGGGCACCAAUUAGGCCCAUGGAAAUUAGUGAAACUAUUUCACGUGUUUGACGACAUACUCGGGUAUAACGUGUUGUUCGCAACCAAUUAUGACUUUGUGUACGGCUUGGGUGCCAACCACUGGGGGUGUCUCGGGUUGGGUCACAACCAGCCCUUCGACACACCA